GCGGACGCGGGGGCGGCCGCCUGCCCCCCGAGGCUCGACUACGGCGCCGCCGCGGACACCGACGCCGCCGCCGCCAUCAUCUGCUCCAUGUACAUCGUCUUCGGCGUCGUCUACAGCCUGCUCGGUUACCGCUGCUUCAAGGCCGUCAUGUUCCUGACGGGCUUCAUCUUCGGCUCGGUGAUCGUGUACCUCAUCUGCCUGCAGGAGAAGCUGCUGCCGGCCUACGGGAACGCUGGCGUGGCGCUGGCGGCGGGCCUGCUGUUCGGGCUGGUGACGAUGCUGGUGCAGUACGUGGGCCUGUUCAUGACGGGCCUGCACACGGGCCUCUUCUGCGCCGUGGCGGGGCUCGCCGUCGCCGACCAGCUGCUGGGCUGGGCGCCGCCCUCCGCCUGGGCCGCCGCCGCCUCGCUCCUCAUCGCCGGGCUCGUCUUCGCCGUGCUCAACCUCUACUGCCAGAAAGGUCUGACGGUGCUGGGCACGAGCGUGUACGGCGGCGCGAUCCUGGCGGGCUCGCUGGACUACUGGCUGCAGCGGCUGGCGACCGCGCGCUGGCUGUGGGCGCGCGUGGCCGGCGCCGCCCCGCCCGUGCCGCCGCCAUGCUGGCUGGGCUGGCUCGUGCUGGCGCUCUGGCCCGCCGUCGCGCUCGUCGGCGUCGCCACGCAGUGCGCCGUCACCGGCCGCGGCCUGCACCACCGUACGCACCCAGCAUAUCUGAAACAGCAUCACCAUGCGGGAGGGCCAGGAAUGCGCAGUGGCGGUCCAGCAGGGCAAGUGCCCCGUACACGUGAGCAAAGGGCAGAAAUGAGGCAAAACAAGUAUCGGUACCUCUAUCAGGUACGGACAGCACAUGGCGAUGUCAUAUGCCAGAGUUAUGUUCAGGCCUUACAGCGCCGUGUCCUUGGUGACACCAGUUGUGGCACUUUACGUUCUGACAGCACAAGGCUCACCGUUCUGCCACCAGCAUCAUCAGCAGGGCAACCGCUCACUGAAUCAGAGGGUGAAGGAGACACAGAUGACCUACGUUGACUUUCUGAUUAUGUGACAGUUCAGAUAUUGCAUCUGAAAUUUGUGUUCUUUCUUUUAGAAUAUUAGGGCAGGAAGAGAUUUCCGACUGCUAAUUACCUGUAGAUUUCUGUUCAAGUGAAUAUAUUUUCACAUAUCAAUCACCUUAAA